AUGAAGAGGCUUUUCCUCAAGCUUAAAAGGCUUAAAGUCUAUCUGAGAAAUCUUAACAAGGAUUUCUUUAGUGACAUCUCUGCUCGAGUAAAAAUUAAAAGGGAAGAGAUUGAGAAACAACAGAUUCUUACUCUUAGAGGUAUGGAGCCUAUUGAAAAAGAACUCGAUUCGCAAAGGGAGCUUAAUUCUCUCGAAGAAGCCGAGUCUAUGUUUCUUCAACAAAAAGCUAAAUCUCAUUGGUUGAAAGAGGGGGACAAGUGUUCCAAAUUCUUUUACUCUGUCAUAGCUACUAAAAACAAACGUGAUACCAUAAGAGUCUUAGUGGAUGACCAAGGCAAAAGGUUCACUGACCCUGAAGUUAAAGUUUAUUCUGUCCCUCUUCUAAAAGGUCUGCUCCACCAUCUCCCUUCCCCUGAUCACUUCGUGGGGCUCACUAAGGAUGUCUCCAUUGAGGAAAUUAAAGAGGCUAUUUUCGAUCAAGGCAAUGAUAAAGCUCCCGGUCCAGACGGUUAUACUCCUCUUUUCUUUAAGAAAUCUUGGACUGUUAUUAAAGAAGAUGUGAUUGAAGCCAUUAAUUAUAUUUUUCAAGAAUCAUUCAUCUAUCCUGGUUUCAAUGCUACAAUUAUAGCUUUAGUUCCAAAAAUCCCUAACCCUUGCAAAGUCUCGGAUUUCCGCCCUAUUUUCUACUGUUAUGUUAUAUACAAGACCAUUACUAAAAUCAUUGUGAAGAGGAUCUCCCAUUUAAUGUCUAUGCUUAUUUCUCCUAAUCAAACUGCUUUUGUCAAAGGGAGGAGUAUUGUUGAUAACACUCUCCUAGCACAAGAAAUUGUGAAAGGCUAUGGGAGAAAUAAUAUUUCUCCUCGGUGUGCUCUUAAAAUCGAUCUUCAAAAAGCUUUCGAUUCUAUUCACUAG